UCCGACUGUACAUAGAUAAGCAAGCAUCUAAUUAUCUCAUAUUAGAUACAUAAAUGCAAAAUGCUUAUUUGAAAACAAAUCACGUUAGAAACAAGGUCCGCAUAUGCAACUGAAAAUAGCAAAUUUAAAAGUCAUUAGAAAUGCAUCAACACGAUGGCUAACAGGUGUCACAUCUUUUUGAAGACUAAUCCAAUACAACCUAUAAUGAAACGUAACGAGAGUGUAGUAUAUUAUAAACAGUCACCAGCUGAAUUAUUGGUUCAGAAUACAACAACCGUACUUAAGUCGGGAAGAACGCUUCCAAUAUGGUUUAGAGAGCGCCAGUUAAACAGACUCCUCGAUUUUUUACUCAAAGAAGAAGAAAAUAUUUGCAAUGCCUUGUAUCAGGACCUCAGAAAGUCCAUACAAGAGAGUCUUAUUUCAGAAAUUGAACUAGUGAAAUACGAAAUUAAAAGUGCUUUAAAAUGUCUAAGGAGUUGGAGUCAACCUCAAAAAGUUAAACGCACUAUUGUGAAUAUACUCGACGAUUUGCUAAUAACUAGUGACCCUUACGGUGUAGUUGUGAUUAUUGGUGCUUGGAAUUACCCUAUUCUUAUUUUACUGGCACCUUUAAUAGAUGAACCUGCUUAUUUAGAGGACGAAAAUCAUCCUGAUCAAGUUUCAUCACAGGGAAUGGUACGCAAGCCUCAAAAAAGUGCGUAGGUAACAUGAUGUUGAAAGCAUGGGGAGAUUGGAAAAGAAGAAGUAAAUUGAGAGUG